AUGGAAUUCAACAGUGGUGCUGGGACACCGUGUUGCUGGUGGUUCUGCGGUGACUCGAUCAAGCCGGCGGCCACCGGCCACCUGCGCUGGUUGCUUGAGGCUCGGCACCGCUUCUUGUGUGACCCUGGGGAGGUGCUGGUUGCAGCUUGGCUGUUGCAUGUGUUGCUGCUCUUUGUGCAGCCUGUCGACGAGCAGAAGACCAGCAUCGCAGUGAACCUGGGCAUGGGUUCUUUCAGCGAGGGCGCCGCCGUCGACAUGCCACGCGCCCGUGAUGUUUUCCUGCUGCUGGAGGAGAGCGAGGGCGAUGUUGAAGCCUUGAGGAUCUCAGGGUCGCACUUCCAGCUGAAGCAGAUGCACUCAGUGCCCUCCGUCUCCGAGCCCAGAGGUCCUGGGCUCUGGGCCUGGAGAGACAGUCCCUUGACUCAGCUUGUGGACGUGAGAGAUUCCCAAGUUGUUGACUUCAGCAGCAAGUCCGACUGCCGCUGCACCAAGACCCAAGCUUUAUGCCCCUUGGGUCAAGGCCUGGAGAUCUGGGAUGAGGCAGCACAGGAGCUCCUUCAGAGUUGUGUGGCACGCAAAGCCUGGUCCGGCUGCGAGGUCGCCACCGUUUUCAUCGGCCAGCUGUUUCAUCUGCUUUGUGGGCGCGGGGACAUGCGAUUUGCCAAAGGAGCACAUCGAGUGGUGACUCGCGCCGGAGACCUGAAGAAGCAGCGCCUCACGGCCGUCUUCUUCUUUCAGCCGCAGUUGGACACGUUGCUGAUUCCCUUCGUGGCUCCAGCAAAAGGGAGCCAAGAAGAGCUGAUUUCGUUCAGAGAGCGGCGCUUGCGCAGCUACCGGCGGUUCGCACGGGCAGCGCCACCGUGGAAGAAAGAAGAAGAGCAAACGAAAGCAAAGGUCGUGCUUGGCAUACUUCUGUGCAGCUCGGCUGCCGACCCAAGGCGACUCUCGGACUCCACGGAGUGCAAUGCCCCGUGCCAGCCCGGCCAGUUCAAGGCCCUACCUCUGGUGGCACUGUGCGGAGGAGGCGGCUGCACAGUGGAGGAUGACAUUCUCAAAGGGAAGUCCCAACUCUUCAUGCAGAUUCCAGUCAAUAGCAGCGGCAUCCGUGUGGAGAUGACCACACGCCAGACGGAUCAGGAUCUGCAAUUAGUUGAUCCUGCCGCUGGCAUUUGCGUCGCUGGAGCUGUUGGAGAUACGUGUCCUGACGGCGGCCGGCCUGCAAACGCAGGCACCGGCUGCGCAGAUGAGAACGAUUACUGCGUCACUUACGAGGGGAUGAACUGGUACUUCAGUGGGGAUAAGCAGCUCGCGCCUGUCUUCGAGAAGCUCUCUCUACAAGGCAGGGUGACGCAGCUUCUCGACAUUUGGGUGGAGGCGCCCAGCGGAGGGGAGCUGCAGGUUCAAGUGCGGAAUGAUCCCAUCUCGCCAUGUCCUACUCAACUUCCUGGCUGCAUACCCUGUGAACAAUAUGAUCGUUGCGGCCCCUUUGACAAAAAGAUUUGUGAUGGCAGUGCAGUCGUCGUUUGCGAAGCCACGACGCAGACCACCACCACAAGUACGCAAACGUCGGUUACUGUCACAAGCUCCACCUCUUCCUCCAGAACAUCGUCAACGACCCUGUCACACACAGUGACGACGAAAACAGCAACCACAACAUCAACUUCCGCAACUGGUACCUCCACUGCAAGCAGCACCAGCUCAACCACCAGCUACACCGACACGACGACGCUUACCGCAACCUCCACGAGCACCACGACCUCAAGAAGUACGUCAGGAUCAUCAACAAGUACCUCGGCCACACUAACCAGCACCAGCAGGACGUUCAGCACCACGACCAGCAGCUCCAGUGCGGAGACGGAAACGCGAACUUCAAGUACUUCUUCAAGUAAGACACUUACCAUCUCCUCGACCACCAGCCAAACGAACACGAACACCCACACCGUCACGACAAGCUCCACUAGCAGAACUGCAACAUCAUCAAGCUCCCUGACAACUACCAUUACUUUCUCCACGACCACGACUCGGACUACGACUGCAACCUUGACCUCGGAAACCUCAACUUCGCAGACCUCCACGUGGACCGUGUCGAGGACCACCACUUCGUCCUCAUCAACCUCCAGCUCGACGACCUCCACGUCGGUGACCUCCACGUCGAUGACGUGGACAUCGACAACCUCCGAGUCCUCCACCGCAACCGUGACUGGAAGCUCCACGAGCACCACCGUCAGCGCAUCCACGACCAUGUCGAGUACGCUGACACUGUCCAGCACCUGGACGACAACAAGCACUACGAGCUCCCUGAGCGUCACCAGCCAAACGGAGACAACAACUGCAACAAACACCCUGACCACCUCGAGCACCCUUACACGAAGCACGGUGACGACGACAAGCAUCACUUCGACAACUCUCUCUGUCACGACCACCAUCUCAAGCACCACGCUGACAAGCACAACGUCCUCCAGCACUGAGACGUGUGGCUGCUGUGCAUCUUGCAGCAUUGGCAUCAAUUACGUCCCACCGGGGCUGGCAACGACCGAUGAAGGCGACAGUGCAGUCGCACUAUCCGUGGUUGUGCCGGUCAUCCUGGUCCUGCUCAUUUUGAUGGUCCUCCUAGUGGGCUGGGUGUGCAAGCGCUGCAAAGCCCAGGAGAUGGAGCCGACUGAGUUUUUCUCGUUUCCUGCGAUGGAUGCCUCUGUUGAUGCCAAUGACAAGCGGCAUGUCAAAGUCGGACCAGACCACGAUCCUGCAGAUUCUGAAGACCCACAAGAGCUCCUGGAGCUCAGAAAGCGGAAUCAGAGCCUGCUGGCGGAGCUUUCAAGCCUCCGGGUCGAGCUUGCCGCUGCCAAGAAAGCAUCAGCCGAACCGGCUGCAGCGCUGGAGAGUCACCGUGCCAAGCAGGAGGUGAUGAUAGCUUCUUGGAGACAUCAACAUGUCCAACUUCAAGGCCAAGUCCACCAUUUGCAAUCGCUCCUCCAGUACAUGAUCCAUCAUGCCACGGAGCUUGCUCGCAUCGUGCAAGGGGACUGUGCCCAGCAGGGGAAGCUUCACCACCAGGUGGCUGCAGUGAUGCAGAGGAUCCGUGGGCUUCAGGACGAGCUUGCCUCGCCAGCGCACCAGCAAGCUAUGCAAACUGUUUCUGCAGAGACUCCACCCAGCCGCUCCCGUCUCGGCACCGUCGAACCGACUCCAUCCACCCCGCGCAGCCUGGCGCAGGAGCCGGUCGCCGUGGUGCUCCAAGAACCGAUAUCAAUGUCGGGGUCAUCUGCGGUCUUUCCAGAGAACGUGUCGAAGGCUCCUGAUCCGCCACCGCCACCACCGCCUCCUGCAGCGGUGGAGGAGACUCCGUUCACUUCGGCGCAGCUGCAGGCCUUCCGACAGCGGGCUGCAGCCCGCCAGGCUCUUGCAGCGUCGACGGCUUCCGCGACCCGCCUUGCUGCUGCGGCAGCACAGGCUCAGGACCAUGGCGCGCCUUUUUUGCCGCUGCUCCCAAGUCACGUGCAAAGCCCGCCGAGGAGUGGUGUAGAAGGAGCCGACGAUGUGCGAGAGAACGAGCAGGACCUCCGCUCCCUGCGUGACAAGUUGUUGCGACGCCACAACCUGAGCCCGCAGACAUGGAACGACCGAUUCAGGACGCUUGGCCAGUGGACCACGGAGCGAGGGCUCCAGCUGGAAGAAGCUCAGCAAGCGUUGCAGCGUCGGCUCAGACGAGCCAGCUUGGAAUAG